AUGCCUAAGGUCGCCAAGAAGGAUCAAAAGGUCUCAAAGAGAGCCAAGGUCGAGGAGCCUAAGAAGAGAAAGAGAAAGGCCAAGAAGGACCCCAACGCACCCAAGAACCCCAUGUCUGCCUACCUUCUCUUCUGUGAGGAGUGGCGCGAGAAGGUCAAGGCCCAGAACCCCGAGGCCUCCUUCGGCGAGCUCGGACGUCUCCUCGGUGAGCAGUGGCGCGCAUACUCUGACGAGAAGAAGGCUCCCUACAUCGCCAAGCAUGAGAAGGCCAAGGCCAAGUACCAGGUGGAGAAGGCUGCCUACGAAGCCAAGAAGGCUGCUUCCUCUGAAGAUGAGGAUGAGGAUGAGUCUGAUUAA